AUGUUUGUCUCACGGUGGUUGACUUUUGCAAGCAUCGUUGGUACUGCAUUUGCAGUGCCAGGGCAAUCUCUUGCUAAAAGAACUACUGUUAGUGAUAUUCUAACAGACAUUGAGGAUGCUACCACUUGCACUGCAUGCGAGGCCUUGCUCGUUAUUCUGCAGGCUUUGGCUCACCUCGGUAACGAUGACUUUGUAGAUGUCAUCACAGAUGUCUGCGAAUUGGCUGGUAUUGAUGACGAUGAUGUGUGCGCGGGCGCAAUCUCUCGUGAGGGCCCAAUUCUGGCUCAUGACCUUCGCAACAUGGAUGUGCCCUCUCACACUGCCACUCUUUUCUGCACCACCAUCUUUGGACUCUGCAGCUAUCCUGCUGUGACAGAGUACACAAUUGAUUUCCCCUCUGCGAAGCCAGCCAACGCAACUCGACCAGAGUCCAGUGGGGAAACUCCCAUUAAAGUUGUCCAUAUCAGUGAUAUCCAUGUUGAUCUUGAAUACGAGGAUGGCGCAAACUACAACUGUACCAAGAGUAUUUGCUGCCGUCCAUACACUACUGCUGAUUCUCCUGGAAACACUGACUACCCUGCCGGUGAAUAUGGAAACCACAACUGCGACUCUCCAUUGACCCUGGAGGAGAGCAUGUAUGAAGCUAUCGCGGAAUACUUCUCCGAUGCAUCUUUCACUAUUUUCACUGGUGAUGUUGUUGAGGGUGCAGUUUGGGCUACCAACGAGACUAAUGUGAUUGCUGAUCUCAACGAUGCUUACGAGACCCGGAUGCCCAACUAUCUCAACCUGGUCUACGGAGUUAUUGGAAACCAUGACGUUAAUCCCGUCAACUCUUUCCCUCCUGCUGCUAUUGAUACUACCAUCUCCAGUCAGUGGGUCUAUGACACUCUAUCCUCCGACUGGACGCAGUGGAUUGGCUCAACUGCCGCUACCACUGCUGACGACUAUGGUGCUUAUUCCGUGAAAUAUUCCGGAGGCAACCUUCGCAUUAUCUCCUUCAACAGCAACUUCUACUACAAGGAGAACUUCUGGCUCUAUGAGGCGACAAUGGAAACCGACCCUAGCGGUCAGCUAGCAUGGUUGGUGGAUGAGCUUGAUGCUGCCGAGACAGCAGGCGAGCGUGUUUGGCUUAUGGGCCACAUGCCUAUGGGCUCUGGUGAUGCUUUCCACGAUGGAUCAAACUACUUCAACCAGAUCAUCCAGCGUUAUGAUGCUACCAUUGCCGCUGUUUUCUACGGCCACACCCACAAGGACGAGUUCGAGAUUGCCUACAGCAACUACUCCAACCCAACUGCUGACACUGCAACCAUGAUGUCGUACAUUGCUCCUGCUCUGACUCCGACAUCAGGCAACCCCACAUUCCGUGUUUACUCUGUCGACCCUGUCACUUUCGGUAUCCUUGAUUUCGAGGUUUACUUCGCCAACAUGUCCAGCCCCACUUACCAGACCAAGCCUACCUGGGAGAAAUACUACUCUGCUAAGGAAGCUUACGGUUCUCUCCUAACCCCGCCUGUCACCGACAGCGCGGCAGAGCUGACUCCUGCUUUCUGGCACAAUGUUACCGUUCUCUUCGAGGAUGAUGACUCCGUCUUCCAGGACUACUAUGCUCGCAAGUCUCGUGGAUGGGAUGUUUCUGAGUGCACAGACUCUGAUGAUGACUGCAAGACCGAUGAGAUCUGUCAGCUCCGUGCCGCAGAGUCCCAGUACAACUGUGUUGAGAUUACUGCUGGUAUUGACUUCAAGAAAGCAAAGCGAUCCAGCUCCAGCAGCAGCUCCCACCAGGAGAGUGCAUGCGGUGAAUCGGUUAUCGGAAGGAUGUUCGCGAACUUUGACGAGUCCGUUGCCUCUCUGAAGACCGCUGCCGAGGCUAAGCUGGGAUCCAGCUUCAUGGACACCACUGUGAACACCACAUUAUCCGUCUAG